UCUUUGCCAUCGCACUUCCCCGGCUCUCCUUUCGCCGCGCAACUUGCCUCCGGUCCAUAUAGGAUCUCCCGAGCGGAUCUCUGCACACCACACCUCGGAAAACUCCAGCUAUCACAAUGCCCCCGAAAAAGAGACAGUCAGACGCUGUGCGUCGCAAAUCGCGACAGAGCGAUAUUCAACCUGGCGAUCCGAUCCCUAAUCGAGGAAAGCGACGCUACAGACCAGGAACGGUCGCUCUCAGGGAGAUCCGGAAAUACCAAAAUGGCACCGACCUUCUGCUGCGGCGUCUUCCCUUCUCACGCCUUGUUCGCGAGAUUGCUGAGUCGGUGAGGCCUCGAGGCGAAGCUAUGCGGUGGCAGUCACAAGCAAUACAAGCACUGCAAGAAGCUGCCGAGGCUUUCUUGGUUCACCUCUUCGAAGAUACCAAUCUCUGUGCGAUCCACGCUAAGAGAGUCACCAUCAUGCAAAAGGAUAUUCAGCUUGCAAGGCGGAUACGCGGCGUGUGGGGCGGCCUUGGCUGAGCUUCUCAUGGUCGACGAGGACUACCGAUCUAUGGGGCUCGCUACGGGCAAAGGGGACCGAGCCGCCGUUGUGACUACCCUUGCUCGCGGCUAUUCGCUCCCCUGCGCUGGGUCCUUUCCACGAAAUGUAUAAU